ACCAGCUGUCAUAGUUUUUCAUUCAUAAUUUGAACCAUACCAGAUUGAAUCUGAUUUUGCGAUACAAAUCCCAAAUGCGCAUCUCAAAACAAUCCCAGAGAAGAGGAGUAAUGGUCCAGAUUCCAGGCCAAAUGCAAAUGCCUAUCCCUGGUGGCUCGCUCCGCCACAGACAGCUUCGUCGAUCUCCAUGCAGGACCGGUGCAGCUCUGCCAGUGACAUUUGACUUGGGGUUGUACUCCGUAUACCCAGGGGGGUUCUUGUGUGCGACAAACAAAGCACUUCACCUUCUUCGUAGGGACACUAAAUGCUCCGUAGUUCGGUCAUAUCUGACCAUAGUCAUAAUCUCGCCGUGCCUUUCAGUCUAUCGAAAGUACACGGGUGAAUGGAACAAUUCUCUCCCAGGGCCCUCUAUUGUUGAAAAA